UUAUGACGAUUCUUUAACGAUUCUCCGAAAGAAUGCUAAUUUAAUAACUUGAUUAACUUUAUUUUCAUAAUUUUAACUCUUUCGAUAUGUUAUUAGUAAUAAAAAUACGAACACCAUUCAAAAUUGAAUAUAAAAGUGAACUAUAUACAUGUUUUGGCGGGAAUAAUCUGACGCUGGGAAAAGGUUAGACGUUGUCAGAUUUGUCCAUUGUUAUCAUUGUUAUAGUUUUACAUUAUUUUGUUUAUACAUCAAAAUUAUGUGGUGCACGACUCCUGAAAUUUCAUGGCAUAACCGUGACCCUGUUUUAAGUAUUGACGUACAAGCUGGAAUUUAUGAAACAUCAAAAGGUGAGGUCUUCUGGCGAGUUGCGACCGGUGGUGCUGAUUCACAUGUCUUGAUAUGGCACUUGACAACAAACGAAAACGGUGGAGCUAUCGUAAAAUGCGUAGCAGAUUUAGAACGUCAUCAAAAAGCAGUGAACGUAGUACGAUUUUCACCUUCAACCGAUAUUUUGGCAUCUGGAGAUGAUGAAUCAACCAUUAUUUUAUGGAAACAAAAGGAGGACUGUGAAUUUCACAUUCUUUCUGAUGAAUCUGAGAAUAAAGAGCAAUGGAUAUCUUGGAAAGUCUUAAGGGGUCACCUUGAAGAUGUUUAUGAUAUCAGUUGGUCUCCAGAUUCUAAUAUGUUGGUCUCUGGUUCUGUGGAUAACACAGCAAUUUUGUGGGACAUACAUAAAGGACGAUCUACAGCUAUAUUGUCUGAUCAUAAGGGUUUUGUACAAGGUGUUACAUGGGACCCAUGCAAUCAAUAUGUAUGCACAAUAAGUACAGACAGGAUGUGUCGUUUAAUUGACAUAAAUACUAAGAAAACUAUACAACGGGUUUAUAAAGCUAAGAUUCCAACACCAGCAAGCCACCCAUUGAAAGAUAAAACAGUGCGACUGUUUUAUGAUGAUACAUUUAAAUCAUUUUUUAGGAGACUAACAUUUUCUUUGGAUGGAAUAUUAAUUAUUGUACCAUCUGGUAUAAUUGAACCAUUAGAAACUACAGAAAGGAUAUCUAAUGCAACAAUUAUUUUUUCAAGACACAAUUUGAAAGAACCUCUUAUAUUGUUACCUUCUUUGGAUGAAUGCACUAUAGCUGUUCGAUGUUGUCCUAUUUAUUUUGAAUUGCGAGAGAAUAGUUCAGCACCUAUGGUACCAUUACCUUAUAGAAUAGUAUUUGCUGUUGCUACACAACAUUCUGUAUUAAUAUAUGAUACUCAGCAAAUUUCACCCAUUGCUAUUAUAUCAAAUAUUCAUUAUACUAGGUUAACAGAUAUUGCAUGGUCAAGCAAUGGUCAAAUUUUGGUAGCAUCUUCAACAGAUGGCUACUGUUCAAUAAUACACUUUGAAAAAGGUGAACUAGGUGAAGAAUAUAAAAGUGGAAAUAAAACGCCAAUAAAACUUAUCAGCAAUAAGAGUUACAAACAAUCUCUAGUGGCAAGUGAUACUACUAAAAAAGUAACUGAGAGCCUUUUGCCAAGCAUUAACAUAGAUAAUGCAAUGGAUAUUGAUAUGUGUGAGAUGGAAGAAGUUUCUAAGAAGAACUCAGAAAAUGUAGUAAAUGAAAAUAAUAAAUUGUCGAAUAACACGUCUAUUUGCGGAGAAAAAUUAAAUAAUGAAUCAAAAACUGAGGAAACUGAAGAUAUUAAAUUAGUCUAUAAUGAAGAAAGUACUAGUGAAAUUGUAAAAGUGAAUGCAAAGGAUUCACCUAAAAAAUUAGAAGUACCUUUAGUUAUUCCUAACAAGACACCGCGAAGGGUACAACUAAUUACUCUUUCUAGUCCAAAGGGACUUAAAAAGGAGCAACCAUAAAAUAGAAAAUGUUUCAGAAUUAUAAUUAUAUUUUGUACAACCAUCUUUUAUAUUUUAUAUUAUUGCAAUAAAUGUUUUAAUUAUA